AUGGCUAUCCAGAAUCUUAUUACCGAUUCCAAUCUUCAGCCUCUAAGGCAUACCUCUGAAGCCACACUUGCGCAGACUCUCUCCAUUCUCUCAUGGCUAGAAGAACAGCCCUCUACUCCUACACCAUCGCUAGACGUGAAACUUGACCUUGCUCAGCAACAAAAGACGCUCAAUGCAUGCCUGUCCAAGGUCCGCGGAUUACAUCGUCAAGCAGCAUUUGGCGCCAGGGCGACGAAACAGGAGACUGCAGAAGCCAGACAAGAAGUGGACAGAUUAUUACUGCAGUUACAGAAUCUGUAUUAUGAGCAGAGACACCUGAAAGGCGAGAUUGGAGCGUGCGAGGGAUAUGAUCAUGCUUACAUGCGUUUGCCCCUUCAACCUCUCGACGAAUACCUCUCAUUGUUCCCGGACCAGGCCAGACUACAGGAGCAGGAAUUGAUGCCACUGCGGAUUGAGCACGAAAAGCAAGAACGUGAAAAAAUGGAACACCAAAGACUACAGUUGGUGAAGAUCAAAGAUGGUCUAGUCAAAGAGAACACCAAAAAGAAAGACGAGCUUAAGAAGAUGGACGAGAAACUUGAAGCUAUGAUCGACGAAUUCAAAUCUCUAGAAGAGGCCUUGGAGAAAGAUCUCUGA